AGGGGCGGAUGCUCAUUCAGGACAUCCCUUCCAUCCCCAGCAGAGGGCACUUGGAGAGCACGUCUGAUCUGGUUGUGGACUCCACCUACUACAGCAGUUUUUACCAGCCGUCCCUGUAUCCUUACUAUAACAACCUGUACAACUACUCCCAGUACCAAAUGGCAGUGGCCAAUGAGCCUUCUUCAAGCGAGAUGGGGGAUACAAUUGUAGGGUCGGCCGUGAAAAACAGCCUUCGAAGCCUUCCAGCAACAUACAUGCCAAGAUUAGCAUUUGCAACUUCUCGCUACUUGUUCUUGGAAGUGAAGGGCGUGGAGAGCCGCUGCACCGUCAGCUCCCAGUACCGCAUGUGCUCCUACUACCCACCCGCUUCCUACCUGGGGCAGGGGGUUGGCACUCCCACCUGCCCCCCUCAAAUACUGACCUCUGAGGACGUCCCUUCCUGCUCAGAGUCAAAAGCAAGAG